AUCUUAUCUGCAAAAACCUCACCCGUUGAUUCUAUUUAACGAACUUCUCUUUCACUUUCUCUCAGAUCUCAAUUUUCCCGAGAAAAAAGUUUUAAUUUUUUCUUCUCUCCGUCGUCUCCCGGAGAGAAAACACCUCCGCCGCCACUAACCACGGUUUAUUAGGAUCAAACCUUGAAAUCAAGCCAUUAAGAUCCAAAUUGUGCUGCUUGAUUGUCUGAUUCAUGUGGGAUUGUGUUUGACAUGGAUUAGGAAAGAUAAAAGGAAGAAUCUUUUAUCUCCUCCAGAUUGUUUUGGAUUUGGGUAAUACUUUCCAUAUCUCUGUUAUGGAAACGAGUCGUGGAGAGGCUAAAGAAGCCAAUGGGUGUGAGAAUCAUAAGGGUACUGUUGUUAGCUUAAAAAGCAGUGAAGUUGAGGAUCAAGUCUGUGAGGAAGAGGUAGAAGAAGAAAGUGAGUCACAGUGUUUGUUGCCUCCUCCUAGGAAAGGAGGGAUGAUGUCUACAAGUAGUGACAAGAUUAAGAGGACUGUGCAGUGGACUGAUAACAAAGGAGACAAUCUUACUGAGGUUUUAGUAUACGAACCAAGUGAAGUAAGCGAUUCAGAUGACGAUGAUUCAGAUUCUUGCAUAUGUACGAUUAUGUAGUCUGCAUUCAGUCACCAUUAACAGUGGAGUUUUAACAAAGAGCUCGGCCUUGUAUCUGACUUCUUUUCAGCAACCAGUUAUGUGCGGAUAAACGAGUGGACAUCACACAAUCACACAAGUUUCAGAUUUUGUGCUCAGGUCUUGUGACAAGUAACCAAGUCCAAACGUGGGAUGUACGAUCAGUACCCAUUUGUCACAUUUUAGUUACAGGAGUGAGAGUAUAUAGAGGUAUAGAUUACUGCUGUAUUAUGCAAUAGAGGCCUGAUCUUCAGGCCGAAGAUCUCUGAUUGCUGUUUGGGUCGAGAGCUUUUGAUAGCAAACUAAUGUAUAUCUUUCUGCAACAUACAUAUACAAGCUAAUUAAACUGUAAGCAAAUGCAGCAAUUUUAUACCUUCUUUCCUCUGCUUCAAA